UGCUUCAGACUCAGAUGAGGACUCAGGCAAGACUCAAGGUAGCAGCACAAUCAACAAAAUCAUCAUUCACAAGAUCAUCAUCUUCGAUCUCCUCAUGCUCAUCUUCAGUCUAUAUGGCUGGGGUUGACUACUAAUAUACUCAACUAAAUUUUGCAUAAAAAAUUACAAAGCUUUUGUUUCUUUGCAGCUGACAUUGUGAUGGCUUCACUUAAAGUUAACUUUUUAUAAUUUUAUUAAGCUAGCUAAUUAAUUAAGUUAAUUAUGUAAAGACUCCACCUUAAUAAAUUAUAAUAAUUGUGCUAAAAUGGCUGUUUUUCUUUUCUUUCUCCUGUCUCUGUUUGCCUGUGUCAAAAGUGACUGAGUGAGUAACUGCCAGUUGAGACAGCUACCCUAAACUUCUAUAAUCUUUGAUCAUAAGUGACUAAGGCAGAAACUCAAUAUAGGUAAACUACUAAACUUCAAUUCUGACUUCUGAACUUCAGGGUAGGCUAUAGCCUACCCUAGCCUUAUGCUAGCUACGCCCUUGAUAAUAAUAAUAAUAAUAAUAAUAAUAAUAAUAAUAAUAAUAAUGUGUAUUAUUUUCGAAUAUUAAUUAUUUGCACCUCAGAACAAGUAUACCAUUUUAUAGUCAGGAGGAGUGAGAGCUUUUAGCACAUCUAGGACUACACAUUUCUUAUAGGAUGCAGCAGGGAAACUGUUUUAUGUUAUGGAAAACCCCACCCAGUUUUAUGUUUAUGAACCUAUGCCACAUUGAAUGUACUAGAACUACUCCAUGUACUCAAUGCUGUAGAAAAUCAUGUUUGUUUGCUCCCCAGUUUUAGUGUAUAAGUGUAGUUCAGUUUAAUUAAAUAGUUCCACUGCAUAGUUUGUGUGGAAAUUUAAUUUCAAAGGACAGUGAUAAAUCAAAUAAUUAAUAACGUAUUAUCUGGUGGUUUUGGUUAAUAAAAUAUUUAUUAGUUUUAGCCAGAAAUUUGCAUUCGAUUCCGAUUCUGAAUACUUUUGAGACUGGAAUCGAAUACUGAUUCUGCAUCUGCGCAUGCGCAAUGCCACGUGGUCAAUAAAAAAUUCAAUAGAGUAAUUGGACUGGAGACUGGAGUAUUCCAUAAUAAAAAAUAGUGGGUGUGAAGGACUGGAUGCAUUGUAACAAUUGCUACACUGAAUAGAAGAAACACCCAGUUCAUUAUAACGUCGUGUGGUCAUUUAUUCUGUGGGAAAUCCUAUGGUGAGAGAGAUAAGUUCUGUCUGGUAUGUAAGGCAGUGUGUAAUUCAGUUCUUGAUCUGUCAAAAGAAGCUCCACCAUAUGUCACGAUAUAUUUCAAGACUCCUUAGUCCAUUAUACAGGAAUUCAUCCUAAAUUUUGAACAAGUUGCUAGGUUUCAAAAGGAGCAUAGGACUAGAUUAGUAAAGCACAAACUACAGAAAUUGCAGAAUCUUGCUGCUAGAAAAGAAAGGAAAUACUGUUAUUUGAAAAGUAACUUAUUGAUGGGGUAAUUUAUUUUAUUUAUUUUAUAGGGAAAAUGCGAGACUACAACAAAUUAAAUUAAAUUUAGAAUCAAGAGCUGUUUCUGCAUCUUCCAUACAAACCCCGCCCGCUUUUAUCAGGCCACACCUACUAAUGAACCUACACGUACCACCAUCAUGCGGUCCUCCAUCACUAGUAGAUAGACCAGUGGGUAGAGUCAAUACAUUAACCACCUUCCCAUUAAGAGGAACCAAUACUCCAGAAAGGAUUCAAGAUCAUUUCCACCGUCUCCUCCUAGACCAAAUGAUCCCUCACUAACUAUAGGAAGGAGAAUUAUUCCAAAAGAAGCUGGACCUGACACUGUUAUAUCCCACUCUCUCCGGUCAUCAAUGAGAUGAUCGGGUAGCUCUGGAGGGACUACCUCCUUCACAUUACCCUCGAUUGUAUCCUCAGUCACUGUUAGGAGACCAACUGUUGCCAUGACGCCAGCCGUCAAUGACUUGGCAGUUUUAUCCUACAUUAGAGCAAGGGCUGAGGAAAGGGGCAGGGCUGUAGGUGGGGCCUCAAGAGGAGGAGGAGGUGAGAAGAGGAAACUUGAGACCGACUCAAUGAGACAUCCCAGUGGAAAGAGAGUAUUAAACUCACUGAUUGCUCCUGGAAGACUGAGUAUAAGGACACCACCAAUUGAUGGGAGAAUGGGUGUUAUUCGUAGUUCAAGAGUAUUAUCAAGUGCUUAUCCAAGACAUGAAGGUGUUCCAAUGUCAGUUACUUCUACUUCUAAUCAAUCCAUGAUCAAUGAAAGAAGGCUAUCAGCUCCUUUAUCAUGGAGUGAUUUUCAAUCACAACUAGCAAACAAUGGAAGCUAUUCACAUCAACGUCCAUCACUAGUAAGGAUGUCUUCUCCUCGACAUUCCAGUCCAAUGAUCAACUCCAUAACUAACAAUUAAUAUUGACAAUAAUAAAUAUAUAAUUAUUGAACUGUUCUAUUUAUGAGCUGAGCUCUAAAUACUAAUAUCACUUAAAUGCUAAUAUCACUUAUUUCACAGACUAUUAAUUAUCAAUAUCACUUAAUUAAUUGAUUGGACACACCCAUAAAGUUAAUAAAA